AGUUCCGUUCUUCUGCUCCAGCCCGCUGUGGAUGCUUUUGCCGUCCUUCAACGCAUUGCUCCGGGAUGCAGCACGAUUUCCAGACAUCUGAUUGAGCCCCUCUAAUCUCACGCCGUCUAUCCGUCGCGCAGCUCGCUCGUGGUUUCGUGCCAUAAUGCUCACGGCAUCUCCACAGGUGCCUCGUCGAGUGAGCCCUCUCUGGCGGUUUGGUCUCCAACGAGAAUGAAAACUGUUCCAACGCUCUGUGCCACUGCCACUGUUGUUGGUGCAUCCGCCGUCGGCCUUGGUAUAGGACGAACUCCCCUGGACGUCUCCCACACGAACUCGAAUCCGAACAAGAAAAAGGCCGCUCCGGCAAGACACUCAGGUUUUAGAUCGAUGCCUACCGCCGUACAGACCCUCACGACGACGACGACGGACACUACGACGGCGCCCUCCUUCGGUGCCCCUAUCUCGGUCGCUCCCAGCUCGCGCAUGUCGGUCGCGACUCGCCACAGUCAGGAUGGACGCCCACAACGACGAAUUGCGAGGAGAAUGACAUACGACGAUGUAACGCUUCCGCCGAGUAGCGCAAAUGGUUAUGCGCCCAACGACCUUGUUGAUGUUCCGUCGCGAAGAACCUCGUGGAUGAAGCGCUUCUCGGCCAUCUCGAACUCGCAACAUUCAAGCCGAAACACCAGCCCUGCGCCGCCGCUGACGCCCUCCGUAACGUGCUCCAAUGGCUCAAUGGCGUUCUCGCGUGACGGCUCGACUGUACCCGUGGUUGGCAGGCGCACACCUUCCCUAAUGGCGCCAAAUAAGCUUGUAAAACGAUCCUCGUCGGUGCGCACGUCUCAUGAAGCGCCUGUGCAAAGUUCUGGACUCCGACCAUCGUUUCGCCGCCCUGCCACCAGCCAUGCGAGGUCCAUAACGUUGCAAAAUCAGACGGCCAUGCUGGAAAUGACAGCUGAAGCCCCAUCCGUGGACGAGCUGCCUACUGCGUCAAGCACAGACAGCGAAGUCGAAUACGCACACUUCUUCACAGCAAGAGUCGCGAAAGGGAGGACACUGGCCAAGAGAAGCGGGUUUUCGGCGGGUGCAAAAAGCUUCCGGCGAAUAUUUGCAGACGAAAAGCACAAGCCUGUGUUGGUGCUUGCGCGUUCCGUGUCGUCGGGUGCAGUGGAUAUGGACGAGUCGAUGAGUGAAGACGGUGAAAGCACGUUCUUUGCGAGCAGGCCAGACACCCCGCUUAGCAUGGGGACCAACAUGGUCACAACCAUGGCCGAGCCGUCAAGCCGUAUCGAGAGCCUCCCCGCAGCAGACAUUUCCUACGAUGCAGCCGUGCGACCCAGGCGCUCCUUCUCUGUGACCGACAUCCUCUACUCUGUCACCAACGCCAAGAAGCAGCGCACGGCAGCGAGGCUCUCGCGCCAGGCGACGCAGCGCGCCCGCUCUGCUCCUCUCGUGCUCACCAUGGGCAGACGGCGGCGCAACAGCACCUCGAACGCAGAGCACGCAGGACCCAGCGACUUGUCGACGGGCCUGAUGCUCGUUGGCGCGCGGCGGGAGAUUGCGACAUCCUCCGGCAUCGCCGAUGCACGGUUCGCGCGCAGCAAUGGCGGACCCCUUAGGUUUGGAGCCUCUACGUCGUCGCCGCAUCCCGUCCCUGACAACAGUGGUUUGGCGUGCGCGCCUCAGCUGACGGGCAGCGAACCGGCCGUCUUCUCAACCAAUCAGACGCCGCCCUCGCCUACUCUGGUCGCGGGAUCGGCGGUCCACCCAUCGCGCUUCUCGAUGGCGCCGUCUGAGCAAGCAUCGACAUUGGUCGACUCGUCAGAUAACGACCUGAGGGCUCUGGGUUCCUGCGACGAAGACGACGCCGACUACCAGAGCGAGACCGUCUAUGAUUCGAUCCGAACGGGCGGCGCAACUCGAAGUACCUCCGGCGCAACCAGAAGCACUUCGGGUGGCGCACGAGGGCCUCGUAUUGAAACCAUAUUUGACGAGUCACCCCCUUCCAAGGCCAAGGCCGCCGCCCUGCGAGACCUCCUGCCUCCAGGCGCAUGCGGGGGCUAUGAGACGAAUGGUGCUUCCGGCCAGCAAAGUAUCAGCGAGGAGGAAGACAGCAUCUCGACGCCGGUGCGAACAAUACGACCCGAGCGCUCAUCACAAGACACUCCCAGCGCGCCGCACACACACGGCGUACCCCUAUUUCCCAAGCUCAUUCCAUCGUCACCCCCAGACAUGCCAAAGCCGCUCUCGCUUGGCACGCUGGAAUGGGACUCGAGGGCGGGAGACGAUGACAACAGCACUAGCCACCUUGUCACACCAGUGUCACCACAGCCACAACUCGCCCGCUCGCUAGCGUCUGGCACAAGUCCAAAGCCUUCCACAAUAUAUCGCCUGGCAUCAGACCUCGGCGACAAAGAUGCGCGCAGUAGCAUAUUCGACUGGUCUGAACAGCAACCUGCCGACAAGAACUCGGGCAGCCACACACCGCCACGCCCUCGGACAGUACAUGGAAAGAAAGAUGCAAAUCGCAGAGCCAGUCGGUCGGCCAGCCGGCGAGUGCCCAGUGGCCUGCACGCUCGCAGCCAGAGUGUGCCUGUUGUCCCAGACGUAGCUGGCAAACGUAGUGCAGUCGUCACAAACAAAUUCGGCACAUGGGGUGUGGGAAGCAAGGGUGUGACUGAGGACUGGAACGAUGAUUUUGACUUUUCCGAUCUACACGAGGAUCCUGUCCCGGAGAGUUUGAGUGGCUCCCAAAGGAUCGACAGCGGCACAGUCAUGGUCGUACCAAAGAGUAUCCAAGAGCAACAGAACAAUGUCCUAGCAAACAUUGGCCUAUUACGAGAAUGGGGCCUGCUCAUCGAAGAGCUCAAGGAACACAGAAUACGUGCUGUUGCGCUUGCUAUUGUCGAGGGUCCGCUUGCUGGGAUGUGGGAGGAGGUGGACGCCAUGAUAGAUCUCGCAGACCAAGAGGCUGGCCACGAAGAUGUUUCUCGUUUGUCGCCCCCUUCCUCCGUUGGAUUCGAGGACGAUCCUUUCGAGGACGGGCCUGGCACCAGCCCCAGUCUUACCCGGGCGCUGCGCAAGUCACGAUCGCCGAAUAUGGAUUUUGGCAGGAACUCCCCAUCCGUACGUCCUAGAAGGUCGAUUCUGCCAUCGGAUCACGACAUAUUUAGUCCGCAGCCCUCCCCAAUACCUCCAAAACCCAGAUACAACGUACCUGCGACACCACCCGAUCACAAACCUAUCAUAACACGGCCUCGCAAGGAUUCGGAAGCCAAAGCCCGCUCAGUCAUUGAGGCGUUACAACAACGCAAAAGCGUUUACGACCCACUCGGAGAUGCACCGCCUACUCCGUCGUCGAAGAAAGUCCCCUUCGAUACUGCGACUCUACGACGCAUCGUUCCGUACGUCGCUACACUGACAUACAAAGUCAAAGAUGCGAUCAGGGAUGCGGAAGGACUAUAUUCUAGUCCAAGUACAAGUCCCAUGCAUGAAAACCCACCAUUCAGCAACCUCUUCCACCGGGAUGCAGACGUUGCUGCGGAUGUCGCGGCGCAGUUGAAAUUAAUGACGGUGAUGUAGCAUGAGGGCCAUCACGAUGCUAUGGCACGAUCACGACCAUAUUGGUUUAAUAUGCCCACCAACCAUCCGAUCAUACAGAACAGUGUGAAUCCAACCGGUUUGCGAUAUCAGGAAGAGUUGGGCGGCAAACCAAAAGAUUUCUUCUG